GUCUGUGACAAUACGUUAAACUCCCGCCAUCCCCCACCCCAAAAAGGAAAAUGAAAUUAAAUUAAAUAUCAAGUUGUAAUUGCUUGCAUUUCGAAUUUCCUUCUGCACAUGCUGCCUCGGUGUCCCGGUGAUGAUCUGAUAUCAGUUGAGUCCUAGCAUUCGGACAGAUAAGAACAGGAUGUCCGUGUAAAGUAGGUCAAUCACGGACAUCGUAGCUUGGUUCGAGAGGUGACAUUUUUGCUUGUAGUUGGUGUUCUUUUUCAUUCACGUUCAGUUCAGUGCCAACUCCUCUGGACACCAGACAUCGAAGGCGCUUACAAUUCACUGUGUUUACUUACCUAAGUAUAAAGUGUCAAGCGAACUUUUAGUUUCAUCGCCCAUUUUCAACUGACAAAAAGGUUCAUUUUUCUUAAAGUACAGCAUAACCAAGCCUCUAAAAUGAGUGAAGAAAUCAAGACCCUGAGUGAUAAACAACUUUUUUGGAAAACCCUUUUUGAAACCAAAAAAUUGGCUGCCCAGCUGAGCUCCAUGGUGACGAGUCACGUUAAUGGCGUCACCUACGAUGACAUACCCCAGUACGGAAAAGUGCACGUCGUGGCUCAAUCUGGCUCAAAUUUAGGUGACAAUUUCCAGAGCGACACGUUCAUUGUGACUGCACGGCUGUUGCAAGGCCAACACUUGAGUACUUUCAUCAAGGUACUGCCAUCGAAUUCCUUUCUGCGCCAAGCUGUGGACGAGUCUCGUGUCCAUCAACGCGAGAUCAACAUGUACCAACAUUUUUUCGCUCUCCUGCGAGAGAUGCAUGCCGACCAACCGAUUCCCUUGGACAUCCCAGAUUGUUACUACACCCAUCUGGAGGAAGUUGUCAAGGGCGAGACGGACGGAUCGAAUACUUGCAUCGUACUUGAAGACUUGAAAACAGAGAAUUAUCGCAUGGUGGAUAUAACAGGAGGACUCGAUUAUCGUCAUUGCCACAUGGCUCUGACAUCGCUAGCUCAUUAUCACGCUCAAACGCUAAAUGCAUUGAGAACUUGGAAAGACUUGUCCACAGGAGAGUUAUCCAAGGUGCCACCUGCAGCAAAAUUUAUUUUUGAUGAAAUGUCCAUGUUUGACAUGGGUAUCACCCAUGCCCUUCAGAAUUUUGCCACCACUGUCGUCGAUUUUGCUAAACCAGUUAACCGACCUGAUUUAGUCGAGUGGUUGACGGAUCUUCAGCAACGGCUACCGGAGAUCAUGUUAGUCGACAAUUUGGAGAGCAGCGGUCCAUUGGCUUGCAUUCUUCAUGGGGAUUUCUGGAACAACAACAUGCUGUUCAAAUACGCAGAGCAGUCGGAUCGCCCUGAAGAUGGAAAUAAAGAGAAUGCACCAGCAGACAUUCCUGUUUCGUUGAAAAUGCUCGACUUUCAGCAAUCGAGGAUAGGCCAUCCUCUCAGCGAUGUGCUUUACUUCAUGUACACGAGCACAAUGCCCGAGUUGAGGGAAUGUCACAUGCUCGAUUUGCUUCGCCAUUAUUUCGAUACGUUGACGACUGAUUUGCUAGUUCUCGGCAUUUCACUCGACAACUACACCUGGGAAAAUUUUAUGGAAGACUACAAGAAAAGAUCCUUGAUGUGGAUGUUUGCUGGCGUCUUGAUGAUUACCAUGACCCAAAACAAGCAAGCCGCUUCCACUUUACAAGACAUGGAUGAGGCAGAACAAAAGAAAGGUCCUACAUCAGAUACGGCGGUGGAACCAGUGAAGGGCGAAAGUGGAUUGAGCCUCGAAAUGGAGGAAAAGAUGAAGAACAUGAUGGCGACUCAGGCAUUGCGUGCUAGUUCGGCUUUGUCGGACCGAAUCCUUAAACUGAUCAUGGAAGUGAAGGCCUUAAAUGAUUCAUAAAAUGCAGCAGCAGUAAUCAAUGCAUCCUGUUUUAAACAGGAGGUUGAUUACAUUCAUUUAAUUUAUUGCCCAGUUGCUAGAACGCUUCCAUACUUGUUUAUGUGGAACUGCACCGGCCAACGAGUUCAAAGUGUAACACCAGAUCGUCAAGGACAAGAUGAUAUCGAUUCCCUCUCGCCACACAAACACACCUACAUGCAAAACACAUAAAUCACCUUGUGGUGCAAUAGACAGGGAGCAAUCUUACCAAUAGAAUAACAACUGGCUGAUAUGCCCAAGCUUAUUUUGAAACAAAACACACAAAUGUGUGGGAAACAAGUCGAAACCAAAAAGCUUUUCUAUUAUCUGGCUGCACUUGAGUUGAGGUAAACAGCUUAUCAAUAAAAACUGCUGAACGUGCACUAAAAUUGACGAAACAAUGAGUCGUAACUCGAAGCAAACGUCAAGUUUGUUUGCUUCAGCUAAAAACACCAACUCUCCCCGUGAGAUGGAGAAAGUGAGAUAAAUCGCUUUCUGAUAUUUAAGAUUUAGUAAUAUUGGUCAUUAUGGCCAAUAAGCCAGAAAAAUGCGAGAAUUGAGUAAGCAUUAAAGAUCGAUGAUUUUGAAUGAGCUAACACUGCUAUACCUGAAUGUCAUCACUAAUAAAUAGUAUUCAAUUCGACUGCGGCCGAAAAGAAUAACUGAAUGACGUUUGCA